AUGGGCGGCUUCUUCAUCUCGCGCACGUGGCGCACCCGCAAGCUCAUGCUGGGCCUGCUCCUUCUCGAAUUCGCCUUGACCGUUCCCGUGCUCACCCUCUUCGGUAUCGCGAAUCCAAACCUGUACCGCGAGAAGCUAUGGCAGGAGGGCGGCGACUUGGGCUACAACAGCGCCCCGAACACGAUCCUAUACGCCAUGGCGAACUACAAACCUGUGAAAACACCGCUCAUUUGGAGCCAAUUCAUUACCUCAUGGAACCUCGUUAUUUCGGUGCUUUCCAUGUUCAUCAUGCUCACCAAAAUCCCCAUGUUCAUCAUGCAUGUGUUCUAUCCUAUCAUUUCACUUCUCAUACAUGCGCUCGAGAUCGCCCUGUAUGCGUACAGUGCAUAUGGCCAGUCCGGCAAGGACACCAUUGACCCGAGACGCCCCUCGACCGGCCUUCCCUGGUACAUCGGCAGGAGCUGCAGUGUGGCUACCUCGUCGAAACUGAAGGGGUACUGUCUGCAAGCAAAGAGCGUUUUCGUGCUCACCUGCCUGAUGAUUGUCCUGUUCAGCAUCUUCUUCAUCCUUGCCAUCCAUUCGAUGAUUCCCACCAAAGCCCAACGAGAGCAACACGCCGAAAGAGUUCAAGUCAAGGCCGAGCGCAAGUCCAAGUUCGAGGCGAUGAAAGCCGAGCUCGCCGCUGAAGCUGCAUCCAUCCACCAGCAACAACUUCAGAUGACCAAUGAGCAAUACUGGGCCCAACAGGGACAUGCGUUGUCACCAGGCUUCGCGCCUACCUCGCCGUACGCCGCCCAGCCUACGCCCGCCCAGCCUACGCCCUACGGCCCGCCCAGCGCAACGUAUCCGCCGCGCUCUCCAUUUACCCCCGGUGGAGCAUACGCGCAGUGGCAGCAGAACUAUGGCGGUCCGUCAAGCCCGCAACCGAUCCAACCGGUACCAUCUGCGCCAACGACGCACUAUGGGCCGGACGGUCAGGUUGACUGGAGCAGGCAACAAUGGGAGAUGCAGAACUACCCUCAGUCCCCCGUGUCGCCGGUCCACACGACCUCCCCCAGUCCUCCCUUGCCGGCACCGGCACCGUAUCCGGUACCGUCGAGGACAAGGUCGUACAGCUCUCGGAAUGGAAGCGGUGAUUUGCCGUUGAGGCAAUCGUAA